AUGGAUGUUCAUCAAAUUAUUACCAACAACAAUAAUAAUGAAGUGAUUAACAAUGGCGGCGGUGGUGGUAGACCAAAAUCAGUUUCAACUAAAAUCAAUAAUAUGAUCGAUGACAUUGAAUUCAAGGGAAUAUUGGAUCUCAGUGGCAAACAGCUGAAAAGAGUUCCAAGAUUCCUGGCGGAUUGCGUCGAUCCUAUUGUCGAACUGAAUUUACAAAACAAUCAGAUUGAAUCGCUGUUGUUUGCACUUCCACAAUCUUUCAGUUGUCUAAGAGUAUUGAAUUUGUCUCACAAUAACAUUGUUUCACUCGAGGUCAACUUUAACUCACCACUGCUAAGUGGAUGUUCGUCUCCACACCUAACAUCGUCCACACCUCCAUUGACACUCCAAUUGAAUUCAAUUGGUGGUGGAAAUACCAAAUUAACAUUGGUAUCAACAACGACAACAACAACCACAUCAACAACAUUAACAGCAACAUCUGAACACUCACCACACCAAACUAGUAAUAGUGGUAAUUCAUCACCGAAAAUAUUUUCAAACUCACAACACUCUUCACCCAUUACAUCUUCACCCCUUUUAACUACACUACUUUCAUUGUCCGCUGCCAAUAACAAUAGCAAUAAUAACUUGGCAUUACCAUCAAUAUCAUUGCCACCAAAGAUUGUCGAUCCAUUGUUGUGGAUGAAGAAUCUAAGUCAGUUGAUCCUCUCAAACUGCAAGAUAAAGUCGAUUGGUGACACUGACUUUACUCUGUUUCCAAACAUCCAAAUACUCGAUCUACAAAACAAUCAAAUUCAAAGUAUAUCGCAGAAUGCAUUCAAGACUAAUCUCCAACUCAAGCAUAUUAGACUCUGCAGGAAUUCACAGUUGUCUUCGCUGUCUUCGUCUAUAACCUCACUCGCGAAUCUAGAGUUUCUUCAGGUUUCGUUCUGCGCACUCCAGACACUUCCAAUUGAGUUGGGUAACCUCACCAGUCUGCUCGUCCUAAAGCUAUCGAACAAUCGCAUCGAAGAGAUACCGAUCUCCAUUGGCAAACUAGAGCGACUCACUCACCUGGACAUAUCACACAACCUUCUCAGAACGUUGCCACUCUCACUCGGCUGCUGCAGUUGCAUCACUGAGAUUCAGAUAUUCGGUAAUCCACUCGAGGACAAAACACUACUCGCCAACAAGUGCUCUCAAACCAUUAUCAACUACCUCACAAGACGUGUCGAGGAUCACAACUACCUACAGACUUCCAACACCAACACCUCUGCGCAAGGCAAAGCCAAACAGAUUCAAACUAGAGACGGUGUCAGUUUCGGUUCCAUUAGUUAUCUCUCACUCAACGAUAUCUUUUCAAAGAUUAGAAUUAGCAGGAGCGGAGGAGCAGGCGGUGGAGGUGCCAACAACAACAACAGCAACGGUAAUCCAACGAAUCAAUCGCGUGGUAAUGGUUUGAAGCAAGCAAAGAUGAGCUCCACCAAUCAGAAGCAAGCAGCCUUGGAAUUCAUAAAGAACGAUCUCAAGUAUGCAAUCGAUCGCAUCCAGAACAAAGUGAAUGAUCCCGAAGUGCAGCUGGAUUUCCUCUUGUUAUGUGGCGAUGCUAUCAGAUCGACACAAGAGAACUUUGAGUGCAUGUCAGAGCUACUCAAGAAACCGCAAUUCAAAUUCAACUCGGAAACACCGCUACCCACCGAAGACAAGAUCGUGCAACUCAAAAAGGUAAUCAACCUCAAAAUCGAAAAGGCAACCGUCUACUCCACAGCAAUCUAUAUGUAUCUGUUAAGAUGUAAAAGUGAUAAGGAAAUCGAUCAAAUCUAUACAACAAUCAUGGAUUUCCACUCAAAGUUGACAGAUUUCUAA